AUGUCCACUGAGCCUCUCAAAAAUAUGAAAUUCUCAGCUGUGAACGGCGUGGAACAAAAGGCACCACUGAAUGAGUCCAACUCAUUCAAAAAAGCCCCUGAAAAUCUUCGCUCGCUGAGCACUGUUUCUGGGCCACGGCAGUCUGCAUCGGGCCCUAGAACCUCGUUCCAGACGAGGUCGUCCAGCACAUCUCUUCGACCAGGUUGUUUGGCCGUGAAAGCGUUCUCUGCUCCUGACCCAGGUCUCAGGAAGAGCGGCAAUAUUGCGCCUUUGGCUAAAGCGCGCUCAAACAUGGAGUUGGCUCUGUCCAAGCAGUUCAGCAGCAACGCACGCACAACACGCAAAAGUACCAGUCAAAGCUUUAUCGAUAGUCGUAGAAGAGAAGAUGCACUGAUUCAAAACACUUCAUGUCUUACGGAUGACCGCAAGCCACGUGCGCGUAUUACUUCUGUUGGGAAAGGCGUUCCACAAGGCCAUGGGGAAGCGCGUAUUGAACGGGAACAAAGGCGUCAAAGCCACCCUCCGUAUACACCAGAAUUUGUAAAACAGUUGCGCAAGAAAAGCUCACUCAGCAGAGGGAUGGCCCAGGGGAUGAAAGAGGCGCAGUCGAAACAACAGACCUUCCCCAAUCAUCUUCCAGACAUCGUGCGACAAGAAGAACUUCUUUCGCCAGUAACCAACGAUGCUGACUCAGAUUCUGGGAGCGAAACAGAAAUGGAAAACAGACUCCGUGACGCUUUGGAGUUUUUGCUGUUUCCUCCACAAGCCUCGAAUGACGAUGAAUCUCAGAGAGCUUUGAAUCAGGUGCACUGCAGUUUACGGUCUGGAAGGCACUGUCCAUCUAGACGUCUGGAGCGAUUUUUACGGGAGAUCUAUCGAGCUAUGGAGGACUAUGAAGAAGAACAUGAGGUCCAAGAGAGAGCUUGUGUAGUCCUUGGAAAGAUUGCACAGGACAUGCCAUCAGCUCAACCGACGAUUGCUGACACUGGUGGUGUGAAACAAAUCAUGAAGGCCAUCCAACGAUACAAAAAGCUUGAUGCACUUCAAGAUAAAGGUAUUUUCGCGUUAAUGUCAUUAACUAGAGACGCCGCAGCAAGAAACUGUAUUCUUGAAGAGCGAGGAGUGGAAUGCGUUUUGCGGGCCAUGGUUGAGUUUCAGGACGUUCGGACUAUACUAAAGAACGGGGCUAGUACGUUAUGUAACCUCGCUUCAGCAUCAGAGGUUGGAAAGGAACGAAUUGGUAGAGUGGAUGGUAUCGAUACCAUUAUCAAUGCUAUGAACAGGCAUGAGACAGAUGUUGAACUCCAAACUUGCUGUUGCCUUGCAUUAAGAAAUAUUACGUACGGUUCAACAACAAAUCAGUGGAUUGCAGGCAGGGCUUUUGCGCUCGAUUCAUUAAUAAGACUAAUGAAGAACUUCUCGAAAGACACCAAUGUCCAGUACCAAGGGUGCUGGGCGUUGGCAAAUAUCUGCUCACAGGAUCCUGGAAACAAAGACCGCGCGGGCGGUGGUGAGCUCAUUGAAACCUGUCUAGCAGCAAUGGAAAAUAAUAUGAGCCAGACACACGUCGUUGAAAAGAGUCUUUCUGUCUUGAGCAAUAUCAGUGACAAGAACCUUGACAAUCAAGUGCGUAUUAAAAAAGCGGGAGGUACGAGACUCAUUUUAAAAGCACUGGAAGGGUACCGAUCAAACGAAACAAUCGUGAUACGUGCUUGCUCCGCGAUACGGUUCUUGUGCUUUUCAAGGGAGAAUCGUGAUGAAGUUUUUGAGUGCGGGGGGUUAAAGCUGUUAACUCGAAUUCUUGGGGACGGGGAGGACGUUCCUGCCAUCGCCGAAAGCGCAAUUCUUGCGCUGGGAAAUGCUAUCUGCGACCACAAGGAGGGGAAAAAACUCGUUGGUCGCUACGGCGGAAUAGCAACAAUCGCUGAUGUAAUGUCCAAGCAUCUGGAUCAUGAGGGGAUUCAAGAAAACUGUUCUCUAGCUCUUCGAAAUCUGUCAGAUUCAGAUGAGCUCAAUUCACGGCUUCUUGGGGAUUCCGGCGCUAUCGACAUGGCAGUUUAUGCGAUGAUGGGAUACCCGCAAAAUGCACAAAUCCAGGAGCAAUCAUGCGCCAUGAUGUUCAACAUCGCAUUUUUCGAUCACAAUCUUCGGACUAUGAAGGAGCUUGCAGUUGCGAAUGUGGUUGAACAUGCCAAAGAGUUCCACAACAACAAUCCGGAUGUACGAUUCCAGGCGCUGGCGUUGCUACAAAUAUUGCAAAGCAGAGACGACCAGACCUCUCCGACAAAAAUCCGAUCUAUGGGAAAGUUUCAAUCCUCACAGACUAGAAGAAAGUACCCACAAACAUGA